AUAAUAGAAUUAUUAGGUCAAAAAAUAAUUUUUGUAUUGCGUCUCAUCAGUUUAUUCGUUAUGUUCAUGGAACUAUUAGUGCCAAUAUUAGUUUCAAUAAUAACAGUAUCUGAUGCAUCGAAUAUUCUUGUGGUGAUUCCGACUCCCGCUUAUAGUCAUCAAAUCAGCUUACGUCCGAUAUGGAAGCAAUUAUUAGCAACCGGCCAUCAAAUAACACUGGCUACGACGAAUCCCAUUCAAGAUCCCUCUCUGGACAACCUGAAGGAAAUAGACAUGCACGAAACGUAUUCUUUAAUGUCAUCUUUCUAUUCUCAGUUGCCCAAGGUGAAUAAAUUUAAAAGUAUAAGUCUGGCUCACGAAACUCUCGAUUCUAUAUUAGAUUACCAACUAUCUAAAUAUCUUUUGCCUUCUAUUAGAAACGAGACAAUUUAUGAUCUUGUGAUAGUGGAAUCCCUCUUACCAGAGUAUUUGACAUUUGGUGAUUAUUUCCAAUGUCCCACUAUAAUGAUAGCAUCUUUCGAAGUAACGAAUAUGGUUUAUAACUAUGUAGGUAAUCCAACGAAUCCUGCUGUUUAUCCGGACAUGUUGUUGCCGAUAGUUGCCGGAAAACUCAAUUUUAAAGAAAGAUUAGUGAGUUUUCUCUACGAUCAUUUAUUUCACCUCUAUAAAAUAUUCAUAAGCUAUCCGACGAGAAGAAAAAUUUUGGAAAAAUAUUUUGGACAAUCAGUCCGUUAUAUUGAAGACUUAUAUUAUGAUAUAGACUUACUUAUGUUAAAUGUAAACCCUAUUAUCAAUGAUAUCAAGCCAGUUGGACCUGCAACUAUUAAUUUUGGAGGUGCCAUUCAUGUUUUACCUGCGAAACCGCUACCCAAGGAUUUGCAGGAAUAUUUGGACAGUGCGACGGAAGGAUGUAUUUAUUUCAGCUUAGGAACUAAUUCUAAAAGCAUACAUCUGGAGCAAAAGAAAAUUGAAAUAAUCAAAGAAGCUUUGGGCGAAUUACCAUACAAAAUUUUAUGGAAAUUUGAAUCUGAAGAAGUGACGAACUUGCCGGACAAUAUCAAACUCAUUUCUUGGGUACCACAACAAGAUAUACUUAGACACCCCAACGUGAAAUUAUUCAUUACACAAGGAGGAAUUCAAUCUUUAGAAGAGGCCAUUGUCAAUCAUGUACCUAUGGCCAUGCUACCCGUAUUCGGCGAUCAGGAAGCUAACGCGAAAAGAAUGGAAUUGAAGGGUAUUGCUAAAAUAAUACCUCACCAACCACUUCCUGAUAAAGAUGAAUUCAAGAGGAUAAUAUUCGAGCUAAUUAAUGAUUCUAAGUAUAAAGAAAAUAUCAUCAAAAUUGCAAAUCUGCUACUGGAUCAACCGAUGGGAGGAGUUGAGAAAGCCGUGUGGUGGAUAGAAUAUGUGAUUAGACAUAAAGGAGCAAAACAUCUGCGAAAUCCAGCACUAGACGUACCUUUUUAUCAAUACUACUCCUUAGAUGUUAUAGCUGCACUUCUUUUGAUUACUUACAUUUUAUUUAAACUAGUUUUGAUCGUAGCAACUAUCAUGUUACAGAUAGGUAGAACUCUUUUGAGUGUUAUUAAAAUAAAAAACCAAAAGAAGAAGACGAAUUAAUUAUAAUAAUAAAUCGAUUCAAUAUUUUUCUUCUUAUAAUUCAAUUAUCAAUGAUGUUCCAACGAAAAAUGUUUACUUAGAUAACUUUGGAGGUAGAGACUUCCCGAAAAAGUAGUGACAUUCGUCAACCUUGAUUUCAAGAUGACAUAUUUCAUUAUGAUAUUAUUAUAACACCUCUAGAAACAGCAGAGAUCAAAGUGCAUGAUAGCCGGAAAACCCUACUGGACAGGGAAAGAAGUGAGAACAUCAAAAGGUUAUGCAAAAUAGAUGACGUCAACGAAUGGGUUCUAUCAAGAAAGAAGGAAUGGAAUGAGCACAUAAGUCGUAUGGAUAACAACAGAAUGAUCAAAAUAGCGCGUGAUAAAUCCCCAUUGGCCCGAAGGAGUACCGGCCGAACCAGAAAAAGGUAGAGCGACAACCUUGAAUCAGGAUAGGAGGCAAGGAUAAAACAGGCAACUACGCCUAAUACACGUAAGAAGACCUCUAGACGUAACUUCACCUCUUAAGAAAUUUAAAUUGCAAAUGUUAUCGAACCAUACUUCUUCCACAUUUUUCUAUAAAUAUAAUCGUCAAUCAUUUUCUCUCAAAUUUAUUGAUAGUUUUGAAGAAAUAUCAUUCAUCGUACGUUUUGUGCUAAGUGAUCUGUUUCUACUUCCACGCAAUGGAGAGUAUAUUUCAAAUUACGGACAUCUAGAGUCAAUUAACGAUUCUUCGAUGUAAAUCGGAUUAUGUUGCAAGUACUUCGAUUUUAAAUGACCUCAGAUAAACAAUCUUAAAAGACUUAAUCGAAAGAUCAGAUUGACUAUUCCACAAGGUCUUUUUUUCAAAUCGAUAGAGAGUAAAAUUUUUCGGAACAGCUGUAUCUGCUAAUGCGCCACUUUAUUAAGAAAAAAUGUUCUUGCCCCACAAGGUCGUUGUUGCUUUAAAAUUGUUACCAUGUAGUUCUCCCACAGAUGUAAGUAACCGUCACCAUCUAGGUUAUAACGUACGAAGAGCAAUAUGAGGCUAGAAAACAACAGCCUAAUCAUAAGAUUUUUUUCGUUAUUCAAAAAAAUUUAUUCAUCUGAACAACAUAGUAUAGAAAUCACGCAGUAUUAGAUCUGUAAGAAUCUCUGAGUAUUAACACCAACGAGCGUCAUAGUCUUUUUUCAAAUCUUGUACCAAUCUUGUGUUAUGUCACAAUGGUUGGACCAGAUAAAGAAAAUAAAACAAAAUAAAAAGAAAACUCUGAAAGAUGUGCAAAUACUUUGCGUGGUAUGAAAGUUAUUCUAUAUCAUUUAUUAACUCGGUUACAUACGGCCAAUGUUAUCAUUUAGAGGAUUAUUAAUGAAUAUCUGGUGUCGCUUAUUUGUGUUAUUCCAACGGGCUUAUGUUCAACAUAUAAACAAUCAUUUAAAAUUAAUUCCAUUUUUAAAUAAUUUUUAAAUUGGAAUAUCUAUCACUGUAAAGGUCACGCUACGCAUGUAUCUCCUUUGAAAGUAAGGUCGACGUAUUUAAUCAUUAUUUGAAUAUUUAUUUCCGCAAUUAUUUGGGGUGCAUACUUUUCGUUAGUGUAGUAAAUACGAAUAUUAAAUUUUUGAUUUUAUUGUGUUUUAUAUGAUCAAUAAAAAGAUAAAAUCCC